AUGCCUAGCCUGGUAGUACCAGGGAUAAUGGAAAGGAACGGGGGUUUCGGCGAUUUAGGCUGUUUCGGUGGGAGCGGCAAAGACAGAGCGCUGCUGGAGGAUGACCGGGCGCUGCAGCUCGCCCUGGACCAGCUCUGCCCUGGGCUAGGCGAGCCUUCCUCCUCCUCCUCCUCCUCCGCCGUGGUGCUGGUGGAGGACAGCAACAACAACAACAAUAACCCGCCGCCACCGCCGCCGCAGCAGCCCCCGCCGCCGCCGCCGCCGCCGCAGCAGCAGCCACCGCCGCCGCCGCCGCCGCCGCCGCCGGCCCCGAAGGGCUCGUCGGCGCCCAGCGCCGGGGCGGCGGAGCCCAAGUUGUGCGCGCUGUACAAGGAGGCCGAGCUGCGGCUCAAGAGCAGCUCCAACACCACCGAGUGCGUCCCGGUGCCCAGCUCCGAGCACGUGGCCGAGAUCGUGGGCCGGCAAGGCUGCAAGAUCAAAGCCCUGCGGGCAAAGACCAACACCUACAUCAAGACUCCAGUGCGGGGUGAGGAGCCGGUCUUCAUGGUGACGGGACGGCGGGAGGACGUGGCCAUGGCCCGGCGGGAGAUCAUCUCCGCUGCCGAGCACUUCUCCAUGAUCAGGGCCUCCCGCAACAAGGCUGGCACCACUUUUGGCAGCGCUCCCACCUUGCCAGGGCAAGUCACCAUCCGGGUGCGUGUGCCCUACCGCGUGGUGGGCUUGGUGGUGGGCCCCAAAGGAGCCACCAUCAAGCGGAUCCAGCAGCAGACCAACACCUACAUCAUCACGCCCAGCCGGGACCGGGACCCCGUCUUUGAAAUCACCGGCGCGCCGGGCAAUGUUGAGCGUGCCCGGGAGGAGAUCGAGACCCACAUCGCGGUGAGGACGGGCAAGAUCCUGGAGUACAACAACGAGAACGACUUCCUCUCCAGCAGCCCUGACUCCGGCAUGGAGAACCGCUACUCGGAGGCCUGGCGGGUCCAUACGCCGGCGCCGGGCUGCAAGCCCCUCUCCACCUUUCGGCAGAACAGCCUGGGAUGCAUCGGCGACUGUUCCGUCGACCCCGUCUACGAGACCCCCCGGCUGAAUGACCAAAACGACUUCAAUUACGGUUACCUCUUCCCCAACUAUGGCGUGAACAAGCAAGAUCUGUAUUACGGGGUGCCGGAGUCGGGUGCCCCGAUGUGGGCUGGGCAGGAGAACACCAACCCGGUCUCGGUGCUCUUCUCGAAGCAGCAGCGGUCCAGCAGUACCGGCGCCAUCCACCCAAAUUCACAUCGCUCCCCGUCCUCCUCCAUCCAAGAGCCCAAUCUCUCCGGUCUCCCCAGGCGGUCGCAGGGGGAACCGCUCCAAGGGUUUUCCAAGCUGGGGACGACUACCGCUGCCCGGACGUCUGUCUCCAGCAGCCGCGAGUGCAUGGUGUGUUUCGAAAGCGAAGUUACGGCAGCUCUGGUGCCGUGCGGCCACAACCUCUUCUGCAUGGAGUGUGCCGUGAGGAUCUGUGAGAGGACUGAUCCAGAGUGCCCGGUUUGCCACGCUGCAGCCACUCAGGCCAUUAGAAUAUUUUCCUAAAGAGACAGAG